AACUUGUACUAGUUCGACAAGAUAACUAAAAAGAACAAAAAAGAAAAAUAAGACUAGCAAACAUGCGAAUCCAUUUCCACCUAGAAAACAACUUGUAGAUGCCUUCAUUUUUCUAGGAAAUUAACUCUUCUUCCGAUCUCCUUUCCUUUAUAAGCAUGAUCAUGCCAUGAUCAGAUACACACUCUGGCUUGGCUUGUAGCUGCAACUCGAUUAGUAGUUCUUCCAUCUUAGAACAAUUGAUAAGGAAUGGAGAAUAAACGCGUUGACGUUGACGCCAUGAACAUUGACGACGCGUUGGCGGAGGAAUUGCAAUUGCAGGAAGCCAUCCUCUUCUCUGCCUUCCAAGAAAUGAUCAUCCAGGACACCGACGACGACGACUCCAUCGGCAAUCUGAUUCUGAUCGGCCAAGAUCAGGGGCAAGAAUCCAAGAAACCCUUUUCCGUUGCCGAUCAUGGCGAGUCCUCUUCGCCGUCGCCGUUGACGAUGACGACGACUACCGGCGGCGGCGGCGCCGGCGAGUUCUACUGUUCCAUCUGCAUGGAGACGGUGCCCGGCGCUCUCAAGUUCAGCGUCAGCCCAUGCCUCCACGCCUUCUGCGUGUGCUGCAUCGGCCAGUACGUCGCGGCCAAGAUCGGCGAGAACACCGCCGACGUCAGGUGCCCUGACCCCGGCUGCGGCGGCGGCGUCGAGCCGGAGAGCUGCCGCGGCGUCGUCCCCUCGGAGGUGCUCGACAGGUGGGGCCUCCUGCUGUGCGAGGCGGCGAUCGUCGCGAGGAGGCUGCACUGCCCGUUCCGGGACUGCUCAGAGCCGCUCCUCGCCGACGCCGACGGCGAGGGCGGCGGCGUGGCGGAGGCCGAGUGCCCGAGCUGCCACCGGCUGUUCUGCGCGCGGUGUAUGGUGCCGUGGCACGACGGCGUCGGGUGCGAGGAGUUCCAGGAGCUCGGGGAGGACGAGCGCGGCCGGGAGGACGUGAUGGUGCGGCGGCUCGCCGGCAGGGAGCGGUGGCAGCGGUGCCCCCAGUGCAGGAUGUACGUGGAGAAAUCCGAGGGAUGCAUGUUCAUGAAGUGCAGAUGUGGAUAUUGCUUCUGCUACGCUUGCGCAUCCCCAAUGUCAAAGGAGCUCCAUUACUGCAAGAGAUGCAAGCGCUGAUAUCGUUGGCUAGGUUUUUUUUUUCGUUCAAUUUGAUGAACGCAUAUAUGAGUGAUAUAUGGAACCAUGCUUUCACCAUUACGUUUUCUAUCUUUUUUUCCCCA